AUGCCACGCGCACCUAGCUUUGUUAAAAUCGUGACUAAGGCUGCGCCGCACGUGCCGUACUUCACACCGCGCCAGCCUGCGCCGGCCGGCUCGUUCCGGGGUGCGCACGAGGCGCCGCUGCUUUUCACCCCCUUGCGCAUCCGCAACAUCCAUUUGGCAAACAGAAUUGGUGUUUCUCCCAUGUGUCUAUACUCGGCGGCCCAUGAUGGCGCUGCCACUGACUACCAUCUAAUACACUACGGGCAGUAUGCGCUUCGCGGCCCAUCGCUAGUCAUUAUGGAAAGCGUUGCGGUGACACCCGCAGGGCGCAUCACUCCGCAUUGUCUCGGAAUAUACUCGGAUACGCAAAAGGCGCAGUUGAAGCGCAUAGUCGACUUUUACCAUUCGCAGGGCAAGGUUAUUGGGCCGCAACUCUCGCAUGCGGGUAUGCGCUCAUCGUGCCUGCCGCUCUUCUAUGACGAGUGCGACUGCCCCGUUGAUGACGAGAGAGGAGGAUGGCUGGAAGAGGUGGAAGGGCCUUCAGUCAGCGCCGAGUUCCCGCACAGCCGUGUGCUGAGUGCAGGGCGCAUUGCGCGCAUCGUCAGCGCAUUCAAGGAGGCGGCGCGCGCGUCGAUUGUGGACUGCGGCUUCGACUUCAUCGAGAUCCACGCUGCGCACGGGUUCCUUAUCCACCAGUUCAUGUCCCCAUUAGGCAAUAAGCGCACGGACCGGUACGGCGGCAGCUUUGAAAACAGGAUUCGGCUGCUCAUGGAGGUGCUUGAUGCGGUGCGCGAGGUGCGCGCGGAGACCGGGCGCGACUUCCCGAUUUUUGUGCGGAUCUCCGCUAGCGACAACGACGAGUCGAACGAGCGCAGCUGGCGACUUGCGGAUUCGGUGCGGCUGGCGCCUCUUCUUGCGGCGCAUGGCGCAGACCUCAUCGACGUGUCGUCGGGCGGCAUGCAGGCUGCGCGCGCCCCGCACAUCAGCCAGCGCGACAUGGCGCGGCGUAUCAAGCGCACCGUCGAGCGCACCUGCCUUGUUUCCGCCGUCGGCGGCAUCACCGACGGAAAAGUCGCCGAAGACCUCUUGCAACAAAAUUACUGCGACCUCUGCUUGGCCGCAAGGGGUUUUCUGAAGGAGCCCGGCAUGGUUGAGAGGUGGGCAGACCAGCUGGGUGCAGAUAUCCAGAUGAAUCUCCAGGAUGGAUGGUGCUUUGGCAAAGUUUGGGACUGA